GUAGCUGCAAAUGAGUUGUGCAGAUGUGGCUGAUGCUGAUGUGACUCAGAUUUAGAGCUGAUUUUAAAGCAAACCAGACCAAUGAACGUUUUUAUUUUCUCGUUGCUUUGUGUCUACGGGUUUGUUACGGCGAAUGAAGAUGAAAGACUGCCGAAUAAAUGUGAAGUGUGUAAGUUUUUGACGGUGGAGCUGCAGGAUGCUCUGGAGAAAAGUGGUCGCUCCAGAGAAGUGCUGGAGCUGGGAGAAGUGUUGGACACAGGCAGGAGGAGGAGGAAGAUCAAAUACAACACCUCGGAAACUCGUCUGACUGAGGCGGUGGACAACAUAUGUGAGCGCAUCCUGCAGUACAGCGUCCACGCUGAGAGACCUGGCAGCCUCAGGUACGCCAAGGGCUCCAGCCAGACCAUGACCACACUGAGGAAUCUGGUCCACAAAGGAGUUAAGGUGGACCUGGGCCUGCCGUAUGAGCUGUGGGACGAACCCUCUGUGGAGGUGACAACCAUGAAAAAGCAGUGUGAGACGAUGCUGGAGGAGUACGAGGAGGUGGUGGAGGACUGGUACUUCCAUCAUCAGGACCAGAAUCUUGAGAAGUUCCUCUGUGGAAACCACGUCCUCGAGACAUCAGACCAAGAAUGUCUAAAGGAGGAGUGGAAAGGAGACCUGGGGAUCAAAGCAGCGACUGAGGAGACGAGUCCAGAGGAGCAGGAAGCCAACGAGGAGGAGGAGGGAAGGACACAUGAUGCUGGAGAACUUUGAAGCUCACUUUCAAAUGGAGGAAGCGCAGAAGACGCCUCAGAAGUCAUAAUGAUGCAUUUGAACACGUUUUCAGCCGAGUCCUCUGAACCUAAUCAUUGUUUAUCUAUCGCUGAAAAAGCUACUUUAAAAAUGACAUCUACAUCGUGUGCAUUUUUACUUAGAUUUUUGCAAAAUUUUGUCCUGUGACUUUUCUAAUACGUCUCCUUAUAUCAGUGUUAUCUGAUACAUACCAGCAUUUUUUACUACACAAGCAUGUACAGUUUUUAUGUCAAAUAAA